GGGGUGUGGAAAACCGUCCCGUCCGGCUAAGGCGCGCGCGGGGAUUGUGCCGCUCCCGGCGGCGGGGAUCAGGAGGGAGACAUGGCGUUCAGCACUUCCGGCCAGAGCUUCGUCCCGAUUUCCGACCUUCACCCGAACUCGGCCCGGCCCAGUGUAGCUGGAAUGGUAAUAGGAAAAAUUGAUGCCAAAGGAUUUCCUGACAGAAAAAAUAUUGGGACGGAAAGAUACACUUUUACUUUCACAAUAAGAGAUUCUCCAAGUUGCUUCAUUAAUGUAGUUUCCUGGGGACGAGAGGAAUACAUAAGAGGAUUGUCUAACAGCUUCAGGAUUGGUGAUUGUGUCGUAAUUGAAAAUCCACUUGUGCAGCCUAAAGAUUCAGAGAAAGAAGAAAGAUUCAGUCCAUCCACUUCAAGUUCCUAUAGACUUUUGGUCAGUGAGAAUUUUUCAACAGUUAGAUCUUGCUGCAAUCCGGAGAUUGAAACUAAGCUUCUCUCCUUAUUGCAUUUGCCUAUAAAAGACCCUCAAGAUUAUUACUCACUGGGAGACAUCGUUCAUAAUGGGCAAAGCCUGAAUGGAAACUUUAUCAAUAUACUGGCAGCAGUUAGAUCAGUUGGGGAGCUGAAGUAUUUUACUACCGCAGACAGAAGAAAAGGACAGAGGUGUGAAAUAAAACUAUUUGAUGAGACUGUACCAUCAUUCCUUAUGGUCUGUUGGGAUAAUGAAUCUAUGCAACUUGCACAAACAUGGAUUCCAAGGGAAACAGUGCUAUUUAUAGCUGAUGUACGUGUAAAUUACGAUGGUUUUCGUAACUGCAUGACUUCCACAGUGAAUUCCAAAACUAUCAUCACAACAAAUCCUGACACAAAGGAGGCUAAUCUGCUGUUCAGUUUUGCCAAAGAAUAUACAGAAAUUGGUGGACUGGAUGAUGAUGACCCAGAGCAAGCAAACGAAGUUAUAAAUUUACAUUCUAUUGUGGAUGUGUUCACUGUGCAGCAGAUAAAAAAUAAGGCCAAGGACAACGUGGGCAAGUCUGAUCUGAUCUAUGGAAUUGUUUAUGCUUACAUUACUUUGCUUCACAUUGAUUCUGAUGUUUCAAAGUUAAUAAGAUCCAGAUGCGCAAGGUGCAAAUAUAUGAUUGGUACAUCAGGCGAGUGUACAAAUACUUCCUGCCCUGACGGUUCCAUGAACUCCACAAGUAUCAUCACCAGCUUUGAUUUUUGGGUGGAUCUGUCUGACCACACUGGAACCCUGCAGUCUUGCAACUUGGUAGGAAGCACAGCUGAAAAAACUCUUGGCUAUACGGUUGAUGAGUUUUGCAGUUUAACAGAGCAGCAGAAAACUUCAUUAAAAUGGAGCUUCCUUUUAGAGCGAUGCAAAAUCUAUUUGAAGCUGAUUGCAGCAGGCAAUGCAAGAAGUGGAGUGAGGGUAAAUCUGCUUUCCUGUAAAGUAGCUGACCCUGAAGAGGCCAGUCAGACCUUGUCUGCCAUGGGAAUUUGUUGAAAAGAGCGAGAGGUGAUCUUCAGGAGUUCAAAGAAGUUACCUCCAACUCUAACAAAUAGAAAGUAUGAACCAAGGGCCAUUUAGCAGAGGGUUUAUUGCACGUGUGUAUGGACUGAGGCUUCCAGUUGAUUCACUUUUCUUUUAGAAAAGGCCAAUGAUACUAAAAAUUAUCAUAUCAAACAAAAAGGUUGCAGUUGUAUCCUUAAGAUUUAAAAUAUUGAGUUUUAUUUAUACUCAUCUCAAAGACAGGAGACAAAAUAAUGGAAGACAUACUUCACCCCAAUCUAUUUUCAAUGGGUUUACCCAGGCUCUGGUUCACAAUGUGAAAUAUUCUAUGCAGUCUUUCAUAUGCAAAUUCUCAGGCCUUUGAGCAAGUCUUAAUAGUUCACAUUGGUUGCUUUGCGAUUUCUUCCAAGUUAGUCAUUUUUAUGUUUUAUGCUAUUCUUAUUGCAGUAGUUCUCGCAAAUAAAGGGGAUUAAGUAACAGAUAAGAGCAAUUUGUAUAUUGGUAUUUUACACUCACCCCACACCUGGAACACCUGUAAACAGUCGCCCCAAAUUAAAUUAACUAUUAACUUUGUUCUGAUAUGUAAACUGUUGGCAGUUACGAUGCUUUGUGAUGCCUUGAGAUCAAAUCAUUAUGACAUCAUCAAAGAUGAGAUGUUUUAAUUAGGGAUAUAGACAACAUACGUUUGUAUUCGAAAAAGUCACUGUUGAUGUAAGUAAUAUUCCUGUUGAGCAAUUUGCCAGGUUACCAUUGACUAUUAAUUUAUUACAUACAUGACGUGACUGUCUGUGAAAUUUCAGUUUCCUUGUGUUGAUUCCUUUUUCGAUGAUUUUUAUUUUUGAAAAGUAUUGUAGUUUAAGAUUACUGGAUUAUCUAGUCAUUAUACAGCCCUUAAAUAUCUGCUUAACUUACCUACACCAUUUGAAAGCUUGGAUAGUCUGCUACAGAAAUCCCUCUUGUGAAACUGUCCCUAAUUUACGAAUGAAAAUGUCAUUAUCAAACAUCGGAUAAUGACCUUGACACAUACUUUUCUU